AUGAGAACCAUACAUAGAAAAUGUGACACAGAGAAGUUAGUCAUGAAUACCAUACAUAGAAAAUGUGACACAGAGAAGAUAGCCAUGAGUACCAUACAUAGAAAAUGUGACACAGAGAAGUUAGCCAUGAAUACCAUACAUAGAAAAUGUGACACAGAGAAGUUAGCCAUGAGAACCAAACAAAGAAAAUGUGACACAGAGAAGUUAGCCAUGAAUACCAUACAUAGAAAAUGUGACAAAGAGAAGAUAGUCACGAGUACCAUACAUAGAGAUUGUGACACAGAGAAGAUAGCCAUGAGUACCAUACAUAGAAAAUGUGACACAGAGAAGUUAGCCAUGAAUACCAUACAUAGAAAAUGUGACACAGAGAAGAUAGCCAUGAGAACCAUACAUAGAAAAUGUGACACAGAGAAGAUAGCCAUGAAUACCAUACAUAGAAAAUGUGACACAGAGAAAAUAGCCAUGAAUAUCAUACAUAGAAAAUGUGACACAGAGAAGUUAGCCAUGAAUACCAUACAUAGAAAAUGUGACACAUAG